UUCCCUUUCAAACAAACCUCUCUUAAACCAAUUCCUUUCAUCUCUACUCUUCUUCCACCUUCUUCUCAUCAUCCUCCAUUUCGUUUCCUCAUCCACUGCUUCUAUUUCCUCCCUAUCUUCACAUUUUGCUCACUCUAACAGUAAGGUUAAGAUAGCAGAGGAAACAAAGGAAGCGAUGGCUCUUCUAAAUUGGAAAACCAGCCUUCACAACAAAAGCCAGUCUCUCUUGUCCUCGUGGGUUGGAACCACUCCUUGCAAUUGGGUUGAAAUAAAUUGCGACCACUCUGGAAGCGUCACACAUCUGAACCUUUCAAGUUAUGGUUUGAGAGGUACACUUCACAAUCUCAACUUUCAAUCCUUCCCCAAUCUACUCAGUCUUAACCUUUCUUACAACUCACUAUUUGGAAUCAUUAACUCAAAUAUUUCUCACCUCUCCAAACUCUCUCUUCUUGACCUUUCUGCUAAUCAAUUUACUGGGAGAAUUCCUUCUGAAAUAGGCAAAUUAACCAGACUUCACGUCAUUGACCUUUCUGGCAACCGUAUGACUAACCUUAUUCCUCAAGACCUAGGAGCAUUAAGUUCUCUGAGUAAGCUUGAUUUCUCGUCAAACAAUCUCAUGGGUGUCAUCCCUGCUUCUCUUGGAAACUUAAGCAACCUAACCACUUUAUAUCUUCAUACGAACCAACUUUCUGGUUCCAUCCCUCAAGAAUUAGGAAUGCUAAGUUCUCUGACUGGCCUUGAGUUAACAACAAACAAUCUAACAGGUGUUAUCCCUGCUUCUCUUGGAAACUUGAGCAAACUGACCACUUUAUAUCUUUCUGAAAACCAACUUUGUGGUUCCAUCCCUCAAGAAUUAGGAAUGCUAAGUUCUCUGAUUGACCUUGACUUAUCAAGAAACAAUCUCACGGGUGUCAUCCCUGCUUCUCUUGGAAACUUAAGCAACCUAACCACUCUAUAUCUUUAUACGAACCAAAUUUCUGGUUCCAUCCCUCAAGAAUUAGGAAUGCUAAGUUCUCUGACUAACCUUGAGUUAGCAAUAAACAAUCUAACAGGUGUUAUCCCCGCUUCUCUUGGAAACUUGAGCAAACUGACCACUUUAUAUCUUUUUGAAAACCAACUUUCUGGUUCCAUCCCUCAAGAAUUAGGAAUGCUAAGUUCUCUGACUGACCUUGAGUUAUCAACAAACAAUCUCACGGGUGUCAUCCCUGCUUCUCUUGGAAACUUAAGCAACCUAACCACUUUAUAUCUUCAUACGAACCAACUUUCUGGUUCCAUACCUCAAGAAUUAGGAAUGCUAAGUUCUCUGACUGGCCUUGAAAUUAGGAAUGCUAAGUUCUCUGAUUGA